AUGGGCCGAGAAGCGUGCAUGCCAUGUAGAGAGCGGAAGAUUCGGUGUGAUGUUGUGACUGAUCGUGGUCAAGCGUGUAGCCAUURUCUGGAGCAUGGCCGCACGCAAGAAUGUAUUGUGCCCCCACGACAGAAGAGAAAAAUCCAACGGCGAAGGGAGAAUCGCCGCGAAGAGAUCCGCUCUACGGCGGCAUGUACUCCUGAAGAAGAAGUUGGCCAGCCUUUGCCUACCAAUGGACCCAACGGUGAUAAUUCAGGCGUGGACGUGCUCGUCCCCAACGAAGAUGAACAGCUCGACUUCUCACAUCAAUCUCGACCUCAAUCCGGAUCGCAGUCUGGCGUUGAAUGGGCCCAGACCAGAACAUCUCUACGAAGUCCUUUGGUGGGCGAAGACAGCAUCCUUCAGCAAGUUUGUCAACAGAUUGCCACACCGCACUGCGAUGGUCGUCGGGUCGCUGACCUCGGCUCACAACCAUGGGCAACCGUAAUGGAGUAUCAGAAUUCCCUUCAAGCCACGGGCAUCUUGGGAGAACUAAUGUCGAAUUACCAACAUACCAAUCGGAUGGUCCAGAUUCAACAUGYCCCGGAAUCUCACCAACGUCCAGGAAUCUCUACACCGCAGUCUCGUCGGGAGCUCGAGUUGCUGGAUCUAGAUGAUGAUGAGAUUGCCUUUUUGAACGCCAAGAAUGUCUUCCACUUGCCCGCUAGAGAUGUGUGUAGAGAGAUGUUUGAGAAAUUCUUCACAUUUGCCCAUCCAUACACCCCGGUCCUGGAUCGAUGUAUCUUUCUCACGCAAUACGACACGGGAAAUCACUCUUCAUUUCUCACGCAAGUGGUAUUGGCAAAURCUGUACCUUAUGCGAGUGCCGAGUUGAUUCAUCGCGCCGGUUUCUCUACCCAUCAGAAUGCCCUGCGAGAGUUCAAUAAACGUGCGGUUCUGUUGUACAAUUUCAACUGUGAGAAGCAGCAGCUGGCAAUUCUUCAAGGCGCACUUCUUUUGGGGGUGCAAUGGAAUACUCAUCUUGGGGAUAAGGAUUUCAGAUAUUGGAUGUCUCAAGGUGUUAGGAUAGCGAUGCGCAUGGGUUUACAUCGAAGUCACAUCCAAGACGAACUCGAGGCCAAGUUCUAUGCAUUACUGAAGCGGAUCUGGUGCAUAUUAUGGGUGCGGGAUGUUCUACUCGUAACUACGGGUCUGGUCAAUGAACGAAGGGUACCCGAUGACUGCGAUACCGUGGAGCUAUGCGAAGCAGAUUGGGACGAAGAUGCAAGCAAUAUCCCCGACGACCUACGCUGUUGUCUCCCACACGUGAAUGCCACCCAGAAGCAAUUCCUGAUCCAUCUCUCCCAUCUCGCAGUGCUUGGAAGACGGGCACAUAAAUUCGCCCUGUCUCGCAACCCUUUACAAGUCGACCACCAUCAAGCCGAAUCUCUUCUCGACGCGCUUCGAAUUUGGCGCCAACAAUUACCUGCCGAGUUGACGAUUACAUCCACCACGUCGUGGAGUAGCCAUGGAAUCUGGUCUUUGGUACUAUCGGCGUGGGGCUCCCGUCUGGRAUGUCACAUUCACCGUACCUUGUGGAGAUCACGCGUGCAGGUUGGAAAUCAGACUUCUGCCAUUUCUGCAGGUUUACGAGACUCGAUUUUCAAUUUAGAUGCUGUCAUUAAACGGGCUGUGCUGCACGGGUUAUGCAAAUUCUUGCCGCUUACUGUAACAACUUCCGCAGCAGUAAACGUAGCCCUUGCAAUCGAACUACUCUGCCAACCAGAAAUAUCCGCCGGGGAAAAGUCCGUAUACGAAGAAGCCGUUAGGAACGGCAUAACAUUCCUACGUGAUGUUCAAGAGAUCUGGGCAACUGUCCGCGCGCUACUGAGUCUCUUCGCCUGGGUCCUCGCACGUAAAGGUUUGGUCUUCCCGUCUGGAUUGGAUCCUUUGGAUAGUACUACUACUACUGGAAGAAGCAUGCAAGAUAAUUUUUUUCCGCUAUCGUUUACGGCUUUUGGAACGCCGAAUAAUAAUAAUCUGCAGGCUAAUUUUGAUGAGGAUGUUGCUAAUGCGCUGCUUUUUGGGAAUGAGUCGUAUUUGGAUCUGCCGGGUUGGUCGGAUGAGUCGAUUUUUGGUCGGUUGUAA